AUGCGCCCGCACCGCCCGCUCGCUUCCCUUCUACGCGUCUUCGGAUCGCCCGCAAGUGCCGCGCUCCCAUCCACACUCGAGGCGCCACACCGAUUGGUCAGUGCACUCAGAGCAGAUUUCAGGACACGUGGCGCUUCUACAGCAUGCCAGGUGGCUUUCGAAGCCACUCGCGUAUGCGAGCGAUCGAGCGCCAGCACAAUUGCCUCUGAAUGCGAUACAUAUGGCGCUGCCGUGGCGAGCGCGGCUGCGCGCGGGGCGUCUUAUAGCGAACAGUCUUGUAGCGAGGCGUCUAGAGAGCCCGCGUCUCAAUGUCGGCGCGGGGCGGCGGAGAGUGCAGAAUCGGCGGAGAAGACGCGCGGAUGGACGGUGGCUGUGGAGGGAAACAUCGGCGUGGGGAAAUCAACGGUUCUGAGUGCUCUGGGCGCACGAUUAAACAGUGACGUGGCAUUGCGGAGAGCUGUCACUGGCGGUGCUGACGUGGCGCUUCAGCCCGAGCCGCUGCGGGAGUGGCGCAACGUGCGGGGCAGCGGGGAAAAUGCACUGGACGCGUUUUAUAAAGACCCCAAGAGGUUUGCCUACACCUUUCAGAGCCUGGUCUUUAUCUCCCGGGCCUCCCAGUACCGCCACGGCUUGCAACAACACCCCUCUGCUCUGCGCCUCUGCGAGCGCUCCCUCUUCUGUGAUCGCCUCGUGUUUGCACCAGCAGCAGUGGCGGGGGGGCUGUUUACACCGCUUGAGGAGGCGCUCUACGAUUCCUGGGUCGAUGCCGUGCUGCCCAUGCUCCCAGGCGUGGUACCCGAUGCCUUCAUCUACCUGAGAGCCGACCCCUCUGUCUGCCUGCAGCGCCUGAAGCAACGCUCUCGCUCAGAAGAGACCUCCGUUGACUUGCCGUACCUGCAGCGCCUGCACGAGUUGUACGACCGCUGGUUCCUGGAAGGUUCUCACCGGACAGAUCCGGAACAUGCGGCAGCCCCUUCCUUCCGUGCCACUUUGGACGGAGCCUUGACACACAGUGCACUUGAUGGUGUGCCGGGGCUGGUGGUGGAUUGUAACCAACACAUUCAGCAGUGCGAUGGUGAUAUUGUGGAGCCCCGUGGAGACAUGGGUGAAGGAGGGGAAAGGUUGGGGAAAGGGGCAAUCAUGGGUUCGGGUUCGGGGGUAGCAGAGGCGUUGCCAGGAGCGAAGUCCCGCGCUCCCUUUCUCUCACCUCCUCCCUUCCCCUCGUCGCCACAUCCACGUUCCUCGACUCUCGAGACUGCCAUGGGGCGCGCGAAGCGGCUGAAGCCGCGCAUGUGGAAGAGCGCGUUCGACGCGGAGGGGCGUCUGGUGCGCAUGCCUCAAGUGCUGAAGGCGAUCCUCGAAGGGGGAGUGGACAAGUCGAUACGGGGCGAGGUGUGGGAGUUCUUGCUCGGCUGCUUCUCCCUCGAGUCCACCGCGGAGGAGCGGAACUACGUGCGCGAGGCCAGGAGGGAGCGUUACCAGCAGCUGCUGCUGCAGUGCCAGCAGAUGCACAGCAACGUGGGGUCGGGUCACCUGGCCUUUGCUGUGGGAACGCGCAUCAUGGACGUGCGCAUCAUCCACCCCGGAAACACCCCGGGCUCAUCCGGUGGUGCUUUCAGUGCUUCUGGGUUUUCCACCUCGUCCUCCCACCCGUCUGCAGGUACCGCUCUGCACCACAGGGCACCGGUUCAGGACCACUACAGGUCGUCUGAAUCCCAGAAGCAACAGUAUUCAGAUGUGCCUCUAGCAAAGAGUUUUAGUAGUAGCCUGCCGGCUGUGGGUGGGGAGGGGGAUGUGGGUUCGCCUAUGCAUGCCGUAUCUGGUGCUGACAGGUGGCACGCUGUGAGUGGCGGAGUGGGUGGUGGAGGCGGGGGGAUGGGGCAGGGAGGGGAAGGGGGAGAGGAUGAGGGGUUGGAGGAGGGGGCAGGGGAGGGCGGGUGGGAGGGCAGGGAGGGUGGGGCGGGAGGGGCGACGGAUGGGGGAGCGGGGGGGAGGAGGCUGGGGAAGGAGGGGCGGCCGCCAGCGGGGGAGUUGGGGGGAGUGGGGGCGGCGCAGGGGGCGCACAAAGGAGGGGGAGAAGGGGGAGCGGGCGCAGCGUGGGUGAGGGGGAUGAAGAAGGCGCAUAAGAAGCUGAUAGGAUACCUUGGCGCAUCAGACAGCUUCGGGGGGAGGGAAGGGGUUGGGGCGGGGGGAGGAGUGGGCGUGGGGACAGGAGGAGGGGGACAGGGAGACGGAGGAGGAGGGGGAGUGCUGGGCGGGGGAAAGGUUGUGGGGAAGCUAGGGGGAGAGGGGCAUGAAGGGGGAGUGCUGGGCGGCGGAGGGGGAGGAGCAGGGGGAGGGAGGGCGGGCGCAAGGAGACGGCUCCGGAAGGUGCUGAGUGCGGAUUGGGGGAGCACGUCAUUGGACGAGCUGCUGGGCGGCAAGGGCUUGGCUGCUAGCGCGAGCACCAACCUUUCGUCAUCGUCUAGCCAACCAACCCGUCCGUCCACUGCUGCUGGCAGCACUGCUGGCAACGCUGGUGGCAAUGCUGCUGGCAACGCUGCUGGUCUAGCUAGCUCUGGUACUCCUAUCCCUGGCCACCUUUCCACUCACUCUCACUCCUCCACCCCUCCCCGGUCCACUUCCUCUGCUGCAGCCUCCCCGUCCCCCUCCUCCGCGCUCCUCCCGCCCUCCUCCUCCUCCAUCCUCUCCCACCGCCCUGACAGUGCCGGCUCCUCCUCCUCCUCGCGCCGCUCCCGCAGUGCUGGCAUGACCCUGGUUGACUUUGCAGGAAUCACUGCGCCUUCGCCUGAGCCUGUAGCGGGGGCUGUAGCGGGGCCGGUGGCAGGGGCUUUAGCGGGGCCUGUAGCGGGGUCUAUGGAGGGGGGAGAGGUGUGGGGGAUGGUGCGGAGUGGUAGCCAGGGGUUGGGGCAGCAUGGGCGGGAGAGUGCGCUGGGGAGCAGGGAGCGGAUGAGCUUUGGGGGAGGUGGGGAUAUUGUGGAUGGGCGGGAGAGAGACAAGGGGAGGGAGGGAGAGGGGGAGCGGGAGGGGGAGAGGGAAGGAAAGGAUGAGCGUGAUGUGUGGGAAGCGCUGCAGGCACGCAGUUCAUUGAGUGGUGGUACUGCUGCCAGUGGUGCUGCUGGUGGUGAUGGCCCUGCUGCUGCUGGUGCUGUUAGUGUUGGUGUUAGUGGUGUUGACGAUUUUACUGCUGGUGCUGCUGGUGGUGAGCGUGAGAGCGCGGAAGAUGCUGAUCCUGCUCCUAUAGCUGCAGGGUGCGCCAUUGGCCGCAGUGUGGGGGGAAGGGGGGCACCAGGGGAGGCGUCACUGCGUGUGUGGUACAGUGGGGGGGAGGGGAGGGCGGAGGGUAGGGGAGCGGAACGGGCACCUGAUGGGGCAGGUAGGCUGGAAGGGGUUCGAGAAGGGAGGGUGGGGGAGGAUAGAGGAGCAGGGGCAGUAGUGGGGCCGUCACCGCUACCAGCAACCGCUGCUGUUGCUGAUGCUGCUGCUGGCGCAGGUGUUUUAGGAGGGGUAGGAGCAGCAGGAACAGCAGAGCGAGUGGGGACAGAUGCUAGAGGCGCAGUGGGGGGAACAGAGCAGGAGCAAUCACGAGAAGAGGCCAUGAUGAUGAGGAGGAGGGGGAGGGGGGGGUGGAUGGGAGAGGAGAGGGAGGAGCGGAGGCGAGGGGAGGCGCAGGUGGUGGGAGUGAGAAGGGGAGCAGAGGGAGCAGGGGGAGCAGGGGGAGUAGGGGGAGCAGCGGAGGGGUGGAGAGGGAUGGGGAGGAGGGUGGAGGGGGGGGGGGUGGGGAGGGGAGAGGGAGGAGAGGGAGGAGAUGGGGUGGAGGAGAGUGGGAAGGAGGAGGAGGGCAAGGGGGGCGAAGGGGCAGAAGGGGGAGAGGAGGAAGGAGGGCAGAAGGCGCAGUUGACGGUUGAUCCGGUGGUGGCGGCCCGGCUGGGUGUCACGGUGGAGCGCGUUGCUGACUGGCUGUGGACGCUGCAUAAGAUAUCGGUGGAUGUGGAGCGCACAGACACACACAUGGCGUUCUAUCAAGCAGAGAGGAAUCGCGCCACCAUGUGUGACAUCCUGGCCGUGCACGCCUGGAUCGACCCCGCCACUGGCUUCUGUCAAGGCAUGUGCGAUAUCCUCUCGCCAUUCAUCAUGCUCUACGCCCAUCCUGCUGACGCCUUCUGGUGUUUUGAGUGCCUCUUCUCCCGCAUUCGCCACAACUUUGUAUUAGAGGGGCCGGUGGGCAUCCUGCGGCAGCUAGCGGUGCUGCGGGACGUGGUGGCGCUGGUGGACCCCGAGCUGGCCUCGCACCUGGAGGAGCUGGGAGCCGACAACUUCAUGUUCGCCUUCCGCAUGCUGCUCGUGCUCUUUAGGAGAGAGCUGCCACUUGUGGACGUGAUCGUCAUGUGGGAGAUGAUGUGGGCGGCGGAUUUUGACUCGCGAAUGGCAUCAGUGCUCCUCCAUCACCCCCCUGAGGGUCUCAACCUGGUCGCCGAGCCGCACACCUGGUCCACCGGUCCCCUCCCCCCCCUCGACUCCCCCACCAACGACGCCGCCACCACCCCCGUACCGUUCUCCACCGCUUCCAACCAAGGCUCGGGGUCGUCUCUAGGGGGGUUUGACGUGAUGGGGCUGGGCGGGGGGAGGAGAGGGGGGAUAUGGCGGUCCGGGCAGCUGACGGCACAGGAUGUGGAGGGAGGGGCGAGUUUGAUGUCUCAGUGGGGAGAGGCGCGAGUGGGAGAUGAGGAUUUGGCGGUGUUCUGUGUGGCGGCCAUUCUGAGGGUCAACCGGAAGAGACUGCUGCUUGUGGAAGGUUCUGACGAAGCUAUUAAGAUGUUCAACGAUGUGGAGCUCGUAUUAGAUGUGGUUUCCUGCAUCCAUCUCGCCAUCAAGCUCCGCACCAAGUACUUCAGAAAGUCGGUUGCGGAGGAGGCGAGGGGAUACCUGGAGAAGGCAGAGGAGGAUUUUUUACAGUUCACGCAGCACCUGGGGCGAGCACUCAUCCUCACCACCAUCCCUGGGGUUGUUUUGGAAACCCUUCGUGAGCUCUCAGGAUCGAGGGUUCAAGGAUGGGACGUGGUGUGGUUCUGCUGGGCGGCAGGGCUUGUCCUGGGGUGCAUGGUCGGGGUGGGCGAGGUCAUGCAGAAGCACCAGAGGCGGCGCGCUGCCGCCCGCCUGCCGCCUAGAAGAGUUGUCCUGACUGGAGGCUCCAGGGGCCUUGGCAAGGCCAUGGCUCGAGAGUUCCUAUUGGCUGGUGAUGAUGUGUUGCUGACAUCAAGGAGUGAGCAGGGGGUGGAGGAGGCACUGAGAGCACUGCAGCAGGACACGUGGCACAUCACAGGGCGCGCCCCCGUUGCUGUGCUGGUCAAGGCUGGGUCCAAUCGGAUGGAGUCAACGCAGUCAAGCAGGGAGGUAUGGGAGCUGCCCCAGGCUCAUGGGGUGCAGCAGCAGGAGAAGCAGCGCCAUGAGCAGCAGAGAGUGGUUGGCAUUGCCUGCGACGUGCGGUCGGCAAGCGACGUCCAGAUGCUUGCUGACGUGGCACGGCAGGAGCUGGGACGAGUCAACAUCUGGGUGAACAACGCAGGCACCAACCCCAUGGCCAAGCCCUUCGCUGACUUUGAAGACCACGAGCUGGAGCAGGUGGUUUCCACCAAUCUGCUGGGCUCGCUCCUAUGCACGCGGGCAGCAAUGCGCCUCAUGCAGCAGCAACCACCCUCCCUACCACACCAAACAACCGGCCACGUGUUCAAUUUGGAAGGCGCAGGGUCGUGGGGGGGCGCCACGCCACAGUAUGCUGCAUACGGCGCCACCAAGUGUGCGCUCCGGCAGCUGGGGGCGUCACUGGUGGAAGAAGGGAGACUGGAGGGGAGUGAGAGGGGGAGGGAGGUGGGGACUGGGGUGGGGAACGAUUCGAGGAGAGAGGGUGGGAGUGAGGGGGCAAGUGGAGGAGGGGUGGAAAAGGGAGGGGGGAGGAGGGGAAGAGUGGGUAUUCAUGCGGCGUCCCCAGGGCUGGUGCUGACGGAUCUGCUGCUGAGUGGAGCGACGGUGGCCAACAAGCAGGCCUUCAACAUUGUGGGGGAACACCCCGAGACCGUUGCCCGCGUGCUCGUACCCCAGAUGCGCACUGUAAGGGGUACGGGGUCCACAGUGAGCUACCUCACACCGCCCCGCAUAGUCCUGGCCAUCCUGUCUGCCUGGAUGCGCCGAGGCCGCUGGUUUGACCAACAGGCCGUGUAUGCAACGGAGGCGCAGAGGCUGCGGGCAUGGGCGGAGGGCAGAGACAGGUCGGCCAUCGGGGCAGCGAUGGAUGCCGUGCCCAGCAUAGCUUGGCUCUCCCUCGCAUCAAUCCUCCCUUUGUCUGUGUCCCACAUUGCUGCAGGGGCAGGCCGUAACUCAGGAACGUAG